AUGAAGAAGGAAAAUGGGGGUAACAUCCCCAUCCAGGCCAUCGGCCUGUCCCUCUACGAGCGCGUGGGCACAGACAGCGUUGAGGAGGCCCCCGGUACCGAAGUCAAACGUUUGCAAUGGCUCGACAUGAACUCUUCGAUGACCAACUUGGUUGGCAAGAACGUUCUUAUCGUUGACGAGGUCGAUGAUACCCGCACAACCCUACAAUAUGCCGUGAAGGAGCUCGAGGGCGACGUUAAGGAAGCCCAAAAGCAGCUCCCUCCGGGGGACCCCAUCAAGGACAAGGAGACUAACUUCUUUAUCUUCGUUCUGCACAACAAGCAAAAGGCCAAGAAGGGUGAUCUGUCCAAAGAUAUGGUGAACAAGCGUUACCACGCAGCGGUCACUACUGGGGAUGUCUGGAUCUGCUACCCUUGGGAGGCUGAGGACAUUGAAACACACGAUACUGAAGCCAAGAAACGCCCUAUCGUCGCUAUUCCGGCCGCCGAGACAGUCCAAGAAGCGCCCUCCCCCAAAGUCGUUUAA